AUGUACAUUGGAGGCAUGUUUUUCCUGGGCAUAUUCAACAUCAUAGCUGCUUCUGUGGAAAACGUAUAUGUGGUGAUCGUGUUUAGGGCACUGCAGGGUGUUGCUGCUUCUGCCACAAUACCAUCUUCCUAUGCACUGGUCAGUAACCUUUUCACUGGUAGAGCGUUGCAUUUGGCAAUUUCUGUGCUCACUGUAUUCAUGACUACCUCGUAUGGAUUGGGAUGCGUCAUGGGUGGUGCAUUUGCAUUAACAUCGAUUGGAUACAGAGCCGCUUUUUAUCUUUUGGGUGGCCUGGCGUUUCUGGUUGCAUUUCUGGGUUCCUUAUGUAUUGAGCCAGCUUCCGUGAAAGGAGACAGCCUGAAAGACCUGGACCAUAUUGGGGUUACUUUAAUGCUUUCGGGAUCGUUGUUGUUGGUCACUGGUCUGACAGAGGGGGGCACCUCUUGGAAUUCUCCGUCAGCCUACGUUCCAAUUAUUUUUGGGGUUCUGCUAUUAUUCACCUUCUUUGCCUGGGAACUGUAUAUCAUGCGGAAGUUCAAAAGCUUCGACAGCGUGAAUCUGCUCAUACCGUUGGAAACGUGGACUAUUCCAAACAUUGUUCCGUAUUUGUUGAUAAAUGGCAUAGGCUACUCUAACAUCUUUUCCAUAAUGUUGAUGUCAGUGGAGGUUUUUGAAUAUGUUGCAAUGAACUCUCCUCUGAUCGCAGGUCUCAAAGGCUUAACAGGUGCAGUGGGCCUAUUCAGUGCUUCAAUACCUGCUUCUCUUGCUUUUGGCAAACUACCACCAAAGUACGUGAUCAUUGUCGCUAGUACUUUCUCCCUUGCUGGCUCGAUCGUUAUAUCGAGAUUGGGUUACACGACAGAGUCCUGGUGGAGGUAUGGACUAACGGGCAUAGGACUCAGUGCCUUUUCUCAAUGCUUCAUCUUCUACUUCUGUCUUAACACGGUGAUUGUCUCAGCACCUCUUGAAAUGCAGGGAGUUGUGUCUGGAAUGGGUAUGACCAGUGUUCAGAUGUUUAUAGCUAUUUCUUCUGGUGCUACUUCCUCGAUUGUGGGUGAUGUCGAACUUGGUACCACUUCUGAGAUCCAAAAGCAGAUGAUGGGACGGUACCGUCACGCCUUUUACUUCAUGAUUGCCACAUCCGCUUUGAAUGUUGUUCUAAGUUUGUUUAUCAAGGAUACGGGGUUUGGUUCUUUGAAGCAGAAAAGGGAAAAGAAGCGCAUGGGGAGUGAAAGCAGGGAUUGUACAGAGGUGGAAGUUGGAGCUUCUAAACAAGUCUCGGAAUCGUCUGACUGUGUCUGA